UUGAAAUGAAGAGGCAAUCUUGCUUCAAGGCUAUAGCUUUCUUGCUAUCUCUCUUCCCCUUGCCUGAGUGCAUUCAAUCGAUUAUUAGGUUAAGCGUAGAAGUUCCUCCAGCAAUAAGCCAAGAAUGUUACGGAGAAGUCUUAGAUGAAUUUUCUAAGAAGGCAAAGGUUCCUGGCUUUCGGCAGGGAAAGAAAGUUCCAGAAAAUAUUCUUCUAAACUACAUUGGUAGACAGAACAUUCAACAAGCUGUAGUUGAGGCAACUUUGAAAAAAACUCUUCCACAUGCUAUGUCUUCCGUACGUGAACAUAACAUUAGCUUGCCAACUUGUAGUAGAAGGCAGUCAUUUAUCCAUCCAAUAUUAAGACAAAUUUCUGUUGAAAUAACGGUGCCAAUCCCUAGAAGUGGCAAUGGGCAUGGGUUGAGCGAGAUGUGGCCAGCCCGCAUUCCAUGCCUAAUAUCACGUCGGCUUAGAAAUGAAUGGGCUGGGUUAGGUUAA